AUGGCCCAAUCUGGCAUGGUGGGACGCAAACCACCCUGGGCCCCCCCAUCUCAAAUCAAAGCUUGGGGGAGAAUUUUGGAACAUUGGCUGGCUAGAACGGCGCCCGAUCGAUCAGCUGUAUUGGAGCUCAUGGAGCACGAAUUAAAUGGCUACGCUGCCAUUACCGAUUGCCCUGGUGGCCAACUCGUCCCUGAAUUAUUGGAACUGUACCCAACCGCCAAAGUCAUUUGUACAGUGCGCGACCCCAUUAAAUGGGAGAAGAGCCUAGAUCAGGUGAGAGGACUCACUUUGAUGUGGUGCAUCCAGGCCAUUCUUCUCCCUCUUCCUGGUAUGCGACACUUUAUCUCGUACUGCACGCUUUUACGCGAUCAAUGGGUGGAAAUCUAUGGUGAAGCCAUCCCGACACGCCAGACUUAUAUUCGCCAUAUUUCAUGGUUGAAAGAGGCCGUCCCCGAGGACCGAUUGAUGUUUUUUGACGUGCGCGAUGGCUGGGAGCCGCUCUGCGAAUUUCUCGGCAAGGAGGUUCCGAAAGAUUUGCCGUUCCCUCAUGUCAACGAUGGGGAUGCGAUAGGGGAAGUUGCGAAAUUUCAUGUACGACGGGGCCUCACUCGAUGGGCUAUUAUUUUGGGUGUUCUGGCUGUUGCGGUCGCAUACAUUGUCUAA